AUGCCGGUGCCGGAUAUGGACCCGCUGCCCGGGAUGCCGGUGCCGAUAGGAUGUGGAUGCCUGCCCCCGGUGCCGGUGCCGGCUGCCGCCGCUGCCGGGGAGGCGGGCGGGAGGCGGGCCGGUGACUCAUGGCUUCCCAACGGCGGCGGCUCCUCCCCGCGGCCGCCGGCCCCGCGCAGCCCCCGGCACAUGGGCCGCGGCUCCGGCAGCGCGGAGCUGGCCAUGGCCGCAGCGCCCGCCCGCUGCCCCGACUGCCCGGGGCCGGAACCGGGGGGCGGCGGCGGCAGCCCCGCCGUGCCGCACCUCGGCAUUGCGGUGGACGAGGGGGACGUGCUGCCCGGGGCGCUGCGGAUCGUGCGGCGGCUGAGACCCGCCUGGGAGCCGGCCACGGUGAAGACCAAGCUCUUCACUGAUGGCAUCACCAACAAGCUGGUGGCCUGCUACACGGCCGAGGGCAUGGGGGACGCGCUGCUGGUGCGGGUGUACGGCCGGAAAACCGAGCUGCUGGUGGACAGGGAGACGGAGCUGAGGAAUUUCCAGGUGCUCCGAGCCCACGGCUGCGCCCCCGACCUCUACUGCGCCUUCCAGAACGGGCUCUGCUACCAAUUCCUGCCGGGAAUCGCGCUGGGACCUCAGCACGUCAGGGAUCCCCACAUCUGCAGGCUGGUGGCCCGGGAGAUGGCCCGAGUCCACGCCAUCCACGCCAACGGGAGCCUCCCCAGGCCCAUCCUGUGGCAGAAGCUGCACAAAUACCUCGGCCUGGUGAAGACGGAGCUCAGCCCAAAGGUAUCCAACCCCAGCCUCCCGCAGGACGUGCCCAGCCCCGAGGUGCUGGAGCAGGAGCUGGCCUGGAUGAAGGAGACGCUGCCACCGCUGGGCUCCCCCGUGGUGCUGUGCCACAACGACCUCCUGUGCAAGAACAUCAUCUACGACAGCACGCAAGAGCGCGUGCGCUUCAUCGACUACGAGUACACGGGGUACAACUACCAGGCCUUCGACAUCGGGAACCACUUCAACGAGUUCGCAGGUGUGAAGGAGGUGGAUUAUGGCCUCUACCCCGGCAAGGAGACACAGCUGCAGUGGCUGCACUCCUACCUGCAGGCCUACAAGGAGCUCACCCAGGGCCACCCAGGGGACAGCCAGGUGUCCCCGGAGGAGCUGGAGACGCUCUACGUGCAAGUGAACAAGUUCUCCUUGGCCUCCCAUUUCCUCUGGGCCUGCUGGGGCCUGAUCCAGGAUAAAUAUUCCACCAUAGACUUUAAUUUCUUACGAUAUGCAAAAUUAAGGUUUAAACAAUACUUCAAGAUGAAGCCGGUGGUCACGGCCCUGCAGCUCCCCAAGUAGGGACCACCCCGAGCUCUUCUCUCCUGGCCGUGCCCUCGCGCCCCCCUGGCCCCUCGCCCGGUCCUGCCGGUGCCCAGGGGGACAAGAGGAGCUGUGCCACGGCCACAGUGCUGCCAGGAGAGCCUGGCCACCCCCAAGACUGGACCAUGAGAUGCUGGAGAGGACCAGAGCCCCGGUGAGGCCCCAGCCCACGCCAGGAAGCCUCACCACCGCCUUAAGGCCGGUCCCGGUGCCCGGCAGGUCCGUGCCCCGCUGGCACCGCUGCUGCUGCCGGGCCUGGCACCGUCCCCUCCCCCUGCAAUGUCCCUGAGGGGGACACGGCGUCACCCCGGCCACUCAGGAGCCCCCAGAGCUCUGCCCGGUCACUUCGGCUGCCCCGCUGUCCCCUCCUGCCCUGCUGGGUGCCACCCCCAGAGCAGCGCUGUCCCCGCUGGCCCCAGGCACGGGACCCCUGUCCCUGAGGGGUGGCAGCUGUGGGCAAAGGGACAGGGCCAGCCGUGAGCCGCUGGCACCAGUGGGGCGCUGCUGGUGGGCACGGGUGUCCCCCACAGCUGCCCCUGCCUGGCCCCACUGCCCCCUCAGCUUGGUGGCACCCCAGCUCUGCCCCCAGGGGACAUCCAGGGGCUGUCCUGCCUGUCCCCACCGCUGUCCUCUGUCCUGCCUGUCCCCACUGCUGUCCUCCUCCCUGGGCCGUGUCCCCACCCCUGGCAGGAGGUGGCACGGAGCUGCCCCACUUCAGGACCAGGCACAGGGACCUCCUGUGCCACCUCGGCUGUGGGGACACGGUGACUGUCCCUUCUCUGGGCACAGCAAUGUCCCCCAGAGCCCCGUGUCCUGUCCCUGGCUGUGGGGACACGGUGGCUGUCCCUUCUCUGGGCCCAGGGAUGUCCCCAGAGCCCUGUGCCACCCCUGGCUGUGGGGACAUGGGGACUGUCCCUUUUCCAGGUAC